AUGGCUCACCCAUGGCAUCCCCACCCAUUGAGGCUCAAUCUCGACGAAGAAGAAAAGCGAUUUAAGUGCAGUGGAUGCAAAGAACAUGGGUUAGGUCCAAGGUACCAAUGUGCCGUGAAUUGUCCCUUCGUCCUUCACGAGCUGUGUUUCAAUGUUAGCCCCGACGAUCCACCCAGAACCCAUGAAUUCAUGGGUAACUGCGAAUUCCAAUUCCUCCGGAAACCUCCGGGCGGACCGAACCGCCGGUUGUGCGAUGCUUGUGGGUGCGACAUCCGAGGGUUUCUGUAUCAUGAUAUGCGCAGAAACGUGCAUGACUUGCACCCUCGUUGCCUGAACCUUAAGAGAACCAUUUCUGAUCCUGAUAGUGGCAUGAAGCUGAAACUUAAGGACAAAGUGCCUUCCAACUCCGUGUGUGAUAAAUGCAAGAGGAAGGAUCUAAAUGUGGCGACCAAAGGGCCCUUCAGAGGUUGGUGCUACGCGUCCUCAUGUGGGAACUAUUGCUACCAUGUUUUUUGUUUGAAGAAGAAAUUGAUUCUAGAUAACUGGGAAAGGGGCUAUUUCAAUGUCGCUUCUUCUUCUUCUUCUUCGAGCUUGGUCGUCAGAACUGGACGCUCAUCAAGAAAUACGAGAGCGCCAAGUGAUGGAAGCUUGGUCACAUCAGCCCCACGCCCGUCGACUUCGUAUUCCACUCCUAAGGGGUUGUUCCCGGUGGCGAUGGUAUUUCUCGCCGCUCUAAUAUCACUAUAUUUGUCUGAAAAUCCAGUUGAAUUUUUUAAGGUUUUCGCUGAUGUGCUCGUGAAAGUUUUGCCUCGCUCUUAA